UUGCCCAAUAGGAGCAGGCCGCGCCCGCAAUUCAGGCGGGCCGCUUGAGCUGCUCCGGAAGUGGCUGUUGGCCCGGGUUUGUGAGAGUUCUUCCAAAAAACGGCCGCGACCGUGGCGAUUUUCCAAGUCCCACGGUGUCCUCCCGGCCUUAGAGAUGGCUCAGGAAGCAAUGGAAUAUAAUGUUGACGAGCAAUUAGAGCAUCGUGUUGCAGAGCAGCCUGUUCCUGCUGAAGUGGUCAGCACCCAAGGGGGGCCACCCCCGCUCCAGCCUCUACCUACCGAAGUGGUCAGCAGCCAAGGGGCCCCACCCCUGCUCCAGCCUGCUCCUGCUGAAGGGACCAGCAGCCAGGUGGGACCGCACCUGCUGCAGCCUGCUGCACAGCUGUCUGUUGACCUGACCGAGGAAGUGGAGCUGUUGGGAGAAGAUCGUGUGGAGAACAUUAAUCCAGGAGCUUCAGAGGAACAUAGGCAGCCAUCUCGUGUUAACCGCCCCAUCCCAGUGUCUUCAUUGGAUUCAAUGAACAGCUUCAUCAGUGGGCUGCAGAGACUUCAUGGCAUGCUGGAAUUCCUGAGACCCCCUUCAGACCACAAUGUGGGACCAGUGAGAUCGAGGAGGAGGAGGGGGUCUGCAUCACGCAGGUCAAGAACUGUGGGGUCUCAGAGGACAGACAGUGCCAGGUCGAGAGCACCCUUGGAUGCUUACUUUCAAGUGAGCCGGACCCAGCCUCAUUUGCCAAGCAUGUCUCAGGAUUCAGAGACCAGGAAUCCUGUCUCUGAAGACUUGCAGGUCUCAAGUAGUUCCAGCUCUGACAGUGAGAGCUCCGCAGAGUAUGAAGAGGUUGUUGUCCAGGCGGAGGACACUAGAGCUGUUGUUUCAGAAGAGCAAGGAGGUACCGCAGCAGAGCAAGAAGUUACAUGUGUCGGUGGAGGAGAGACCCUCCCCAAACAGUCUCCCCAGAAGACCAACCCUCUUCUGCCUUCUGUUUCUAAGGAUGAUGAAGAAGGGGACACUUGCACAAUAUGUUUUGAGCAUUGGACCAAUGCUGGGGAUCACCGACUCUCAGCAUUACGCUGUGGACACCUCUUUGGGUAUAAGUGCAUUUCUAAGUGGCUCAAGGGCCAGGCACGAAAAUGUCCCCAGUGCAACAAGAAAGCCAAGCACAGUGACAUCGUUGUUCUUUAUGCCCGAACCCUGAGAGCUCUGGACACCAGUGAACAUGAGCGCAUGAAAAGUUCCUUACUGAAGGAGCAGAUGCUGAGGAAGCAGGCCGAGUUAGAAUCGGCACAGUGCCGGCUCCAACUUCAAGUCCUCACUGAUGAAUGCAGUAAGCUUCAUAGUCGUGUCCAGGACUUGCAGAAACUUACUGUGCAGCAUCGGGAUCAGAUUUCACAGUCACCCAGCGGCUCCCAAGCACGUUCCCUGAACUGCCUGCCUUCCAGCCAGAACCAGCGCAAGUACCAUUUCCAGAAGACCUUCACGGUGUCUCCGACAGGAAACUGCCGAAUCAUGACAUACUGUGAUGCUCUGAGCUGCCUGGUGGUAUCACAGCCUUCUCCUCAGGCCUCCUUCCUGCCAGGCUUUGGUGUUAAGAUGUUGAGUACUGCCAACAUGAAAAGCAGUCAGUAUGUUCCCAUGCAUGGCAAACAGAUCCGCGGACUGGCUUUCAGCAGUCGGUCCAAAGGCUUACUACUCUCGGCUUCCCUAGACAGCACUGUUAAACUGACCAGCCUGGAGACAAAUACAGUGGUCCAGACUUACAAUGCUGGACGUCCUGUCUGGAGCUGCUGCUGGUGUCUUGAUGAAAGUAAUCACAUCUAUGCUGGACUGGUCAACGGUUCGAUCCUGGUGUAUGACCUUCGAAACACGAGCUCUCAUAUCCAGGAGUUAGUACCCCAGAAAGCCAGAUGCCCACUGGUAUCCCUGUCAUACAUACCGAGAGCUGCCUCAGCUGCAUUUCCAUAUGGUGGGGUGUUGGCUGGAACCUUGGAGAACGCUUCCUUCUGGGAGCUCAAAAUGGGCUUUUCUCAUUGGCCUCAUGUGCUGCCCAUGGAGCCAGGGGGCUGCGUAGACUUUCAGACAGAGAGCAGCACCCGGCACUGUCUUGUGACCUAUAGGCCUGAUAAAAAUCACAACACUUUACGAAGUGUGCUGAUGGAGAUGUCCUACAAGCUGAAUGAUGCUGGAGAGCCAGUCUGUUCUUGCCGUCCUGUACAAACAUUCCUUGGCGGACCCACCUGCAAACUACUCACCAAAAGUGCCAUUUUCCAAAACCCAGAGAAUGAUGGCAGCAUCCUGGUGUGUACUGGGGAUGAAGCAUCAAAUUCUGCCCUGCUGUGGGACGCUGGCAGUGGCUCGUUGCUGCAGGAACUGCAGGCCGAUCAGCCUGUCUUGGACAUCUGCCCAUUUGAGGCGAACCACAGCAGCUGCUUGGCUACCUUAACAGAGAAGAUGGUCCACAUCUAUAGGUGGGAGUGACUGUGUCUGGAACUUGGCAGGCAUGCUGCUGGUUUACGUUAAAUGUUUGCCAGCAGCUAGCAGCCCUGAGCAAGAUCCCUGCUUAUUGUCUGUGGCCUAGAACUUCUGGGAUCAUGAUUCCUCUGGGUUGAUGUCACUCAAAGACUCCAGGUCAUUGAAACACUACAGAUUGUGUAUUUGCGGUGUCCAUCGAAAGAGUAAGUGACUGGUUCUCCCAUCUACAUUAUUCAUGUCUUGGGUUAAAAUCCUUCAUGAAUCUGUUUCUGAUGAGACAUUCUGCUGGACCUGAGAGAAUAUCCUCCAAGCAGUCAUUUAGGAUAUGAGUGUACACCAGGCAUUUUCUGAAGGAUGUGACACCCACCUAAGUGGUCUUGUCACUGGAGCUAUGUGACUUGGGGAUGAACGCUUGCAUCCCAGAAAGGACUAACCAUCUUCGUGUUGCUUGGAUGCGCUUCGAUGCAGGCGAAUCUUCAUUUGAACACAAGAGGGCGCUAUACAACCUGGUGAAGAUUUGAUCUACUUCUGACCCUGUGUGUUGACAAUGCUUUUGGUCUCAUCUGCACAGAAGUGUGUGGUAGAGCACAUCUGGUCUGCUUUGUGGCAGCGACAGAUUCAUUCCAGGUGUGCAGUGCUGGGAUGUUGGCAAGCCCAGCGAUGGAGGCGGCUGAUGAGCCUUCCCUAAUGCUGAGUGCAUUAAGUUCAUCACGUUGUGGGAGCCAAGGAAAGAGACCGGUUGUUUGAGCAGUGGGGAAGCCUCGUUUUUUUCUAGCUAGCUUGGGAUCUCAGGCUUGGUUUUAUAUAAGCCAGUGCUCUGAAAACCACUCCUUUUCCCUCACACUAGGAAAAGAUGAGUGAUACGUGAAAGCUCGUACUUGAGUCUCUCCCAGUAAAAGAGAUCAAGAGCGAGGGGCUAACCAGGAGAGGCUUAAAAAAGAGAAGCUGCUCAGGCCACUGCUGAAAACGGGAGAAGGACCUGUCUCUUCCACUUCGAAAGAAUUCCUAUCUGAAUAAAGCCAAGCUGUCAGAGUGGGGGCUGUUCUUGAGUGUGUUUGGGGUUCCCAGGAAAAACCUUCCUCACGGGAAACAGGUUUGGCUUCAGCUUCCUCUGAUCUGCCUCCCUUCCUAACCUUUUUAAAAGUUGUUAGAAAAAUAGUUAAUCUCAGGAAGAUAAGAGUGGUUGGAGACCUGUGUGGAUUGCAGGGAGAAGCCCACCAGCUUUCGUUCCGACCGUGGACUGUCCAACAUUGCGGCUGCACUGCUCUCCAGGAGAGGGUUCAGUUGGUGUCUCUUUGCUUUACCCAAGGCUGCUCUGCUAAACCGCAGUCCACAGCAAAACGUGCCUCAGGCGUGGGUGGCCAGCGCCCUGUUCUUAGAAGCAGGAUGUCCAGCAGUGUGACUUUCUUAAAUAAUUGUUCUGGAAAUGUGAUUAUUUUUAUUUUAGAACAGUUCUGGCCUGACAAGUCCUGAGCUGUUUCCAGCAUUUCUCACCAGCAAGGCUUAUUGCAGCAGGUUUCCCCAGAGUUCCAAGUUCUAGUUGUGCCUUUUUUUAAAGAGUGGCCUCCUUCUAUUUUAGUACAUCUUUCAAAAAGCCAGUUUCCAGAGCCUGGGAAGGAGCCCUGUUUUCUCAGAGGACAUACUCCUUUCACUAUGUCGAUGAUUCAGAAUGACUGCCUGGGCCUAGAGCAUCAGUGGCAGGAAGGGAUUUGAAUUGAAAGCAGAACUCAUCUGGUUUCAGCAGAUUGUCAGAGAGGAUGCAGUCGGGCCGGCCCUGGCAGCCUUUGUCUUUGGCAGGGACAAACCUGGAGUGGGGUUAGGAUUUGACUAGACUGGAAGUACACUCAGCUCAUGCUGAUUGAUCCCCCGCCCCCCAAGCAUAGGAACCAAGGAACUAAUUACCAUGGAGGCUGGAUCAGUCUCAGGUCUUGCCAAUUCUUGCAUUCCUCCUGUAAAUAUGAAUGCUUCAGAAACAAAUUUAUGUAACUUCAACUGAUUUCUCCAAAGGAAAAGACUUUGCCCGAAGCCACCCUACCCCUGCCCCCCGUAGCCCGCAGGAGAUCCCCUCUGUAGACCCAGGCUCCAGUCUCUCGUGCAGCACCAGGCUCUGCCCCAACAUGUCCCCUCACUCCGGUCUCUAAGGUAGUUCUCCCAUUUGAGGGUUUGGAGUUAAGCAGACUCCAAAUACCUUAUCGAUGUAUAUAUCCUUGUACCUGCUUUGACAAACAGGGCAGUCGGAUCUCUGUUCAUAUUCUGUGUUUUAAUGUUUGUGUUACUGUUAACAUGAAAAUAAAGCAUUUGCCAUGUGUACUA